GGUACCGCUAGCGCGGCUAGUUACCUUUCCGAGAUGCAAUGUAUAUGGUUUCUGACGGAAAACGCAAAAGCUCUAAGAUCAAAGGGUAAAUAUGGAGAGGCUCUAAAGCUUUGUCAUGAGGCGGAUCGGCAUUAUACGACCAUAAUUGAGGACCAGUUGGACUUCCAUUCAUAUUGCCUUAGGAAAGUUACCUUAAGAGCUUACGUGGAGACCUUACGACUGGAGGAUCGCUUGCGUGACCAUCCAUCUUAUUUCGAAAUAGCUAAACUUGCUAUUGAGAUGUAUUUGCAUCUGUGGAGUUUUCCCCUGGGCGAAAGCUGCUCUACUAAUGAGGGCACUGAGAAAGAGAUUUCCACACCUGAGAUGAAAAAACUUCGAAAUAAACAACGCAAAGCGGCUCUUCGUGCUGAGGCGGAAGCAACCCGAGCCAAGGCUGAUGCAAGUCGUCGUGAGGCUGCUCAACGUUCUCGACAGCCGAUUGAUAAAGAUGCUGAUUCAUCUUCUACCUCUACUCCUGGGUCCGGAAACUCCGUGUCCGGGGGUUUCACCGGAUCAGGUGCGGCUAGCAACACUGCCACGGCUUCGUCUGGGGCUGAAGGCGAUAGACAGCAACAACAGGAGAUUGAUGUUUUGAACCCAGAGAAACUAGCCCGAGUAAAUUGUAUCCUUUCUCGGUUAUCCCUUUUUUUACCAAUGCUACUUUAA